AUGUCGGACAGCAGCAAACUCAUCGUCAUCUUGGGAAGCGGGCCCGGUAUUGGGGCCUCGACCGGGGCGCUCUUUGCGUCCAUGGGGUUUGAUGUCGCGUUGCUCUCUCGGAAUGUCGAGCGUCUGGGUCAAGAUGCUGCCAGAGUGCAAGCAGCAAAUCCCCGUGUCAAAGUCAAGGCAUUCCCCGUGGACGUUGGAGAUCACAACGCCCUGGCAUUAGCGCUUGGCAAAGUCGUUACAGAGCUCGGGGCCCCAGAAGUGGUAUAUUUCAAUGCAGCAAGAAUAGCGCCUUCGAGGAUCGGGGUUGCAAGUCCGGAUUUCGUGCUGGAGGACUUCAAGUUUAAGACGACCCCCACAUAA